AUGGGUGUGGGCCCGUCGAAGCUUUGGCGGGUGCUCACCCUCGCAGAAAUGUUGAGCAGCGUGCGUUUUGUAUCCUACGCGGUAGACCAGCGCGAGCGGCGUGCGCUGCGUGGCAGACCAAAUUCUUCGGCGUUUCUUUUAAGGCUGUAGAAAAACCAUCUUCGCCGCAUUCCUGAAAGCUUGACUAUGGGACCAAGCAUUUUUCUUACUGAAGAGGUUAGAGGCGUGCGCCUUUAAGGUGAAAAGCCUGCUUUUUGGCGGCUUUGCCACACUUUCAAACGGUGGCGCCAACGCCGGACCGCCGUGGCCGCAAAACGCGGGCCGGCGUCGUGUCGUGGUUCUUAGCGGUGACUGGCUGGGCUGGACUCUCUUUUCUGCGUCAUUGAGUUCGGGGAUUCAGUGGCGCAGGCGUCUGGCAGCGGGGGCGGUGGCGCGCAGACGCCUGGCGACGUUGCCGCAAAAUCGGGCCGGCGUCGUGUCGAUGCUCUUGGCUGUGAGUCAUUAGUUGGGCCGGCCUCGCCGGCCUAUGUCAAAAGCUGCAACACAAUGGCGCCAGCGCAUGAGAGCGCGGCCGCCGCGGCAAUUUUUGAUGACGUCGCGUCGGCGUCAGUUCUUGGCCCUCGAUCGCUGGCUGGGCUGUCCUCCCCUUUCAUUCCAUGUCAGGGGUGGGGAUAGCGUGGCGCCUGCCUCUUUGUUCUCUGUCAAGUUCCUUCGGGCUGGUAUGGGACGAGGGGUGGCUCGUGAGCUGCUUCGCGCUGGUAGUGGUGCGGUGGGAUGGGUAUUUUGACGGCUCCGGGCUGUCAGUGGUGAGAGGGGUUCGGGCUGAUCGUGGGGAGAUUGGUGAAGCGGGUUCGGGUGGGCAGUGGGGGGAAAAGCUUGGCGGCAGUUGGUGAGGAAGCGGCGUGGCCAGUAAGUAAUGCGUGGAACAGGGUUCCAGUAGUUGCAGCCCGCCGCACAUUGUUGGACGCGCAGCCGCUUGCCCAUAGGUGUGCGAGCUACGCGCAAGGAACCGAGGGCCAGCCAUAGCGCCCAACAGGAAUCAAUGAGCUCUAAGACAUGGGGGAAACACAUACAGCAGAAGAGGACUAGCGGAUGCAUGAGGGGGCAGCGCAUGUGGUGGCUGAGCUGCUUGCCAUGUGAGGGGUUCGGGGCAUGCGGGGCGCCAGUCGUUAGAGCUGAGAGCUAAGGCCCUCCUUGCAUCUAUUUACCCCCCUGAAGUUCGCGCAAAUUUGGGAAGGGUUUCCUCCUUUGUCAGGCGUUUUUAGGAGGAACCGCCUCGAGCUUUUCAGGCUCUCGGUCUGUGGCCUCUUAUUCGUUUCUGAACCUGUUCGGGCUUUGCGUAGUUUGUUUGGUAGUUUUCGGGCGUGGUUCGUGCUUUUGUUUUCUGCCUCUCAGCGUGCGCUUUGGUGGGCUUUUUCUGGUGUCAUUGGGCUGGCUUUGGCUUGGGGUAGGGGGUUUUCUCUUUGUUCGUUGUGGCAUGAGAGUGAUCCAUCGGGGGCAAGCUUUGGCUGCCGCUCGUGGGAAGGGCGUGGAGGGUUGUCUUUUGUGUAGGUUUUCAGUCGUGGGAUGCCUCAGGCAGGUGAGCGGCACAAGGAUGGGCGCCUGGGGUGCGGUAAGUCGGGGCGAAGUCUUCAGGCGGGGCGCUUUCUGCGUGUUUGUUUCUUGGUCUUUUCCCUCUCUGUUUUCAGCUUGGUCGGGGGCUUCUUGGCAGGCGGCCGCGACUGUGCCAGGGGUGGGCCGGUGGUCAGUGCCGUGGGGAGUGUGGGGCGCUUUUAGUGGUUGAGCGCGCCAGAGAAUCCUCAAAGUGUUCAGCUGGCUUGCUUCUGAAGAGGUCGCAGCCGAAGUCGUUUCUUUUUGUUGGUGGUAGAAAAUUGGCGCUGCCGCUUUUUGUUUUAAAAACGUGAGCCAAAAGCCUUCGCCAUGUCAUUGGGGAAGACUAAAGUGGGCGUGGGCGCUUCUUGUCUUUAUUUGUUGUCUGUAGUCGGUUGAGAGUGUGACACUGUCACUGUUACCUUUUUGGCAACAUCUAGGCACUUUUUGCGCUUCUUUUUCGCUUGUUUCUAGUGCUGUCCCGCGACCUUCGGGCCGGGCCUUGUUGGUUUUUGGCGCGAUCUGACUGAGGGUUGCGGAAUUUAUUUUAAAAGAUACGCUAGAAGUUCCUUACCCAGAAAAUGCAGAAAAAUGAGUAGGCAAAUGAAAUAGGGCAAAGAUUGCCAGCGGGCUUGGUUUUGGUAGUGUUCUCUCAGUAGAGAGUUUUCCGACCAGAAAUAGAGGAAGUUGCUCGUCUGAAAGAGGGGCGCCUUCCUUUGAAAGCUUGACGCUUUUGAUUUAAGCUGUCUGCCUUAGUGAUUCAGUUACAGCGCGUCCCUACUACUGACGCACGCCGUGGCUGUUCGUGUCUUCUUUGAUUACCUGCCCUCCAUGGUUCAAUCCUUGAGCCUCAGAAAAUUCUGGAGCUAGUGGGGGGGCUGGCGUGUGGUCUUCGGCAAGCGGCUUCUUGGUGGUGUGCUGGGCUCGUGUCUCCAUACGAUACCAAACCACACCGAUAAAAGUUACGAAUGUUAUUAGCUGAACCUGAAGCGUUUCACUAUAUCGGUGGCUGCGUACUAUUUACGGCUUCACAAGCAACGCGCGGGAUCAAUCUAAGGGGGACGCUAGGCACUAACCUCGUAGGCAGGUCGCUCCUUCGCAUCAUGUAGCUGGGGCUCUUUCUUGGUCGUAUCUAUUGGGCGCAUUUCUUGGCACUCGUUUCACUCUAAACAAUUCCUUCGAAAGACCUUGCUGGGAUCGACUGGCCGACGAAGCUACGCGCUGCCGGUGGAGCUGCUGGCGGGGGGAGUUGUAUCCUGCCGUGACACUACCGAAAGACUUCGCACCCACGGUGAUUACGUAGAACAGUCUAGAGCUUUCGGGUGAAAAUAUCGCGGGCGUGUUUCGUUCUUUGCUUUUUAUCUCAUGAAGACCUUGCUGAUAUUGGCGGCCUUUUUGGGUGUGUGAGUUUCUAGCCCAUAUCUUCGCCGCGACUGUUGCCAGCAUGGUGGCCAAGCGUGGCGGCCUAUCAAUGUGCUCAAGAAGGUAUCUCCUUGCUUACGAAUUGCGGCUGCGGAGAGAGUGAGAGACGAGGAGUGAGCGCAAAAGCACGCUCACCACCCAGUUGGCACGGCGCCCGUUGGCUUUUGCCUCAGGGAGGACCUCUAGAGGAAUGGGCCACCGACUUCGAGCUUCAAAAUUGCCGCACAAAAGUCGCACGAUGGCAAGGGCUUGAGCUAUAUUGUGGCGCUUUUGCAAUGGGUGAGACGAGAGUGAGAGAAGCAAGGCGACAGGGGCCGUAUCCUCAGUGGUUGGGCCUCAGACUCUCCCUCCCUUUCUGAUUUGGCUUGGUCGUUGUUUGCAAAUUGUAACCCGAUAAAGCGAGCGCGUGGCCCGUCCUUACUCAUUUCUGAUCCAUUCUCUCAUAGUGGUCCACGUGCUGACACGCAUUGCGUGGCCCUCUAGUCUACAGCUUGGACUUCUGUCGAUGUGCGUGGUGGCUGCUAUACGAAACUCAGCGGCAAUUUCUUUGCCGGCCUUUAUGCCCGAGCGGUGGCUAAUCAUUCAAGGGCAGAAAUUUCCAAUAGCUGGCUGCGUGUGAAGGCUGCAGCAGAUGGGGCGCCUGCGAUCUCGAUUGAUCUAGCAAAGAAGUUGCUACUUCAUAAGCCGGGGCACCGGCUGGACCUAUAACCUAUACCCAUGCAUGCUAACGGCCCUCAGAUUCUUAAAAAUUGAAAAACACUCCCAGGCGACUAGUUGAAAAAGCCGCGAGCUUAGUACUGGGGGUGGGGUUUGUAGUGGUGGCAGAUAUAUUUUCUGUCUGAUGUGUUUCUUCUCGUUUUCGGCUUGGCAUAAGCUACCUGAUCACCACAGUGGGCCCUCUGACUCUGUACGACUUCCAUAGAGUUGCGAGUAAAGACUCGCCUCCUUCUUGGGGUGAGAUUUGUGACAAGUAUGGAGUCGGGCGCCCUUGUUGGCUUACUUUUCCAAACCAGCCGGAAUUGUUUUGAGUCAAGGCUCCCACACCGCUGGCAAAGUUUUGGGGCAUAGACUGCAGCAUGUAAGACAGGCCUACCAUACAACUUGAUACCAGCCAAGUUCUUUGGUGUCAAGAGUAGCCACCUGCGCAAGACCAUUGACAUCGCAGGAACCGGCGCCACGUCUGGGCAUACCCAUCGCGCCAGGGACGACUACAGAGGCAGGGCCGGCCUGGGUUCUUUGGUAAUAAGUAUGACGCACCAGCGUCAUACUGUUAAGAGACAAGUAGCAUCGUUAUGGCUGCUGCUCAUGUUAUCAGCAUACGCAGGAAUGCGGAGAAAGUGAAGGAAUUGGGAUGGGGUUUAUUGUUGUGCGCUGUUUCGUGUCAGAUGAAAGCUGCCAGGUAGUACUAGUUGCGCCUGGACUUAUGGCGUUUGCCGUUUUCUCAAGGCGUUUACUCCUUGGGCCGUUUUUUUAAAAACUAUUCUUACUCGGUCUAUCGUAUGGGCAUAACCUCCCAGACCUUCGAAAAACGCGGGCGCAUCACGUUCACGGUGAUCGGGUACACGCCUGCAGGGCUUCGCGUCUUUGCUUGCGUCUUUGUGGAAGGCACCAAGGUGGGAACAGUGGCGCACACUCUCUGGGACGUUGUCAAGCGUUGCCCCGUUGGCACGGUCGUCCUCGAUGUUGGUCGCGUGUGUUGCAAGCACUUGGCAGGGGACCGACGGACCGGCGGGGGAGUGGGUCCGCCAGGAGUGGGACUAUAGACACAGACCACCUGCGCCGAGUCUUCGUGGCUGGCCGGCUUUUCUCUAUUAAGCUGCACCGCUUUCACCUAUUCAAGCGGCCCCGCACCGGGGCGGGCAUUUCUUGCAAGCUCGCGGGCACGUUUUUGCACCUGGUCGGCGAGGUUCUGAGCAAGGACGGCGCGCGCGUGGUGGGGGGGGAGGCUGUUCUGCUCUUCUCUCAGUAUGAGCAUUUUGGGCACACCGGUCGGCCUCUCUUUACUUAGUAGCAAGAUGCCAGGGGUUUUUGCGUCUUUCAUCGGACACAUUUGGGCGGGAUGCGUUCAGGACACUGAUUUAGUCUGACAGUGCCAACGGCUGGGGCAGAAGCAGGAGAACAGAAGCCCGCCGACGAGAAGCGACGCGCCGGCUGCGGGGGCAAUGCGGUAGAACAGUGGCGCUCGCUCUUCAAGAGCUUCCUCCCCCGGCAGUUGGGUUGCAUAUCCUCGGCCGUGAUGGGCGUCGCAGUGGCGCGCGGUGUCUUACGUUUCAACUCUGACGACUGAGACAAGCGCUCGGGACGUGUUCGCAGUCGACUGCUCCCACGUCUCUCGUAUGAAGCAAAAGCGGACGCGCCUGCUGUCGUAUUUGGAAACGAGUCCCAGGAGCGUGCGCGCCUUCUCGGGGGCGUUGGAUUGGUUCCAGUCGAUGACGCCGCCCGGCUGAAACUCAGCAAGCAGGUCGCCCGCUUGCUUGUCAUGGGGGCAGGCCCUCGGUGUUUUGCAGCGCGUUGGCGCCUCUAAAAACCAACGCGACAGGCCUCUACGACGCCGCCCCGCCUCGUGUCCGCCGUGAUGAGGGUGCAUCGCCUUACUGACUCUGCCAAGCCUUAUCGGCGCUCGAGUAAAGCGCAGCGGGCCGCGCGAUGUCAUCGACAUCGGCCAACCCUGACGGAGCAAGCGCAGGCGCAGCAGCAUCGCCGCCGACAACCUUGGCAGGAGAAGACGGCACCGCACUCCUUUGCUUUGGGUGAAGAGGCGCAAUCGCUUGCCAGUGCAUUCAGCUGCGCAGCGUCUGGCGGCGCUGGUGGGGUGGCCAGUCUUGGAACCUUCGGCAGCAUGGUCGACGAGCAGGCCCAGGUGCCCGCGUCUUCUUCUGCUGUUCAGCAUCAGGCUACUUCGCCUGCGUCUAAGAGUGUGCCAGCGGCCUCGCCACAGGGAUCGGCUUCGGCCACUUCUACCGCGACCCCUACCGCUGCAGAAUCUAGGUCCCCUAUGGCGACCGCUGGCUGUAGCCUCUAGAGUAGCUCUGACUACCGCCGCAGCAUCUAGCUCUACUACAUCGAUAUCGUCGACGGCCGCCCCGUCUUCGGCGGCUCGGCUUGGUGUUCCUCCGCCUUCUGUCGUCGUAGGGUAGUGGGGGGAUCCUCUUCGGCUUUUUCCUCGCGUGGUGCUCUGUCGGAUUUAGGGGCUUCAACUGCAGGCUCCUCUGAUUCCUCCGCGUCGUCUGGUGUCGGUGUGGUGUGCAAGGUUUGCAAGGUUGCGCGCUUGGCUGAGGCAGACCCGAGAGCCCAUGGCGCUUGCAUCGGUGGAACCUGUCGGCCAUGAUUUGUCGGCCGCUGGGUCAACGCUUUAAAUUAACCCCAGAGCAGGCCCAAUCGGUUGCGCAGCUGGCGAACGCGAAGGCGCUCAUGGGUGGCGAUCUUUCGCUACCGCAGCUGGUGUGACGCGAUGCCAAGCAUGAAAAGAAGGUCGUAGAGGUGGCGAGAAAACUGGCGCCGGAAAUGGCUUGCGGGCUUUGUUUCAUAGUGAAAAAAAGCAAGAAGAACGGGACGCAGCGGCCUGGCAAGACGCAAGAGAAAAGGCCACAAAAAUAAAAAGCGGAGGCAAUAGAUGACGCCCUUGGCCUUUCUGAGGGUUUCAGGCUUUCUCUGUGGUGUUUUAUCCAAUCAACGUGCUGACUUUUUCGGUUUUAUUCUUUGCACCUUUUCCAUGGUUCUCGCACUGUGUGGGGUAGGUCGUUACUACGUAUUGGCGGGUCGCUUCGCGGGCGCGGGCCUCUGUUGCUCGUCGGUCGUUUUCGUUUCGCUGGCAACCAAGAGCAGGCCCUGGCCCUGUUGCUCUUCGGUCGUUUUCGCUAGCAACCACAGAGAAGAUCUGCCUCUGUUGCUCUUCGGUCGGUUUCCCUUUGCUGGCAGCCGGGGGCAAGCUCCUUCGCUGUUUUAAGGUCCUGGCCUUCUGUUCCAAGAUCCUGGCCUUCAUGCUGCUGCAAGAUCCUGGCCAUCUGCUGCGAGAUCCUGGCCUUCUAUUGCAAGGCCCUCCUCACUCUGUUUCAAGGUCUUUCCUCUGGGAGUUCCUCCUCGGUUUCAAGAUCUUGCUGUUGAAGGGCCGUCCUCUGUUUCCCGAUCCUUCUGCUGCAAGAUCUUUUGUGCUGUUGCGAGAUCCUUUGCGCUGUUGCAAGGUCUUUCCGCUGCGAGAUCCUUCGUUCUAUUGUGAGAUCUUUCUGUUGCAAGAUCCCUCUGCUGCAAGAUCCUUCUGCUGCAAGAUCUUGGCCUGCUAGUAUUGGUAUUGCAGGGCCCUCCUCUGUUUCAAGGUCCUUCUGCUGCUAGAUGGGCCUUCCUCUGUUUCGCGAUCUUUCUCCGUUUCCAAGGCUGUGGUAGCUGUGGUAGAUCCUGAAAGCAAGCCCGCCGACGAGAUCGAAAAAAAAAACGCCCUGCCGAAAGCUCCCAAACCCCACACCCCGGAACAAGAUUGACCAAGGGAGGCGCCGCUAUAGAUAUUGGAGUAGAAGGAGCGCGGGGCGGUGUUUUACUAGCUAUGAGCGCCCGACAACAUCCCUCCCACUGGGAUUCCCCUCCUCCCGAAGGUAGGAAACUAUCUAAGCGCGGCCUGUCUGCGUGGGUUUUGCUCGUCUUGUUUCUCUUCUUUCUUCAUCUCAUGGCCGAAAAUUUUCCACGUGUUUUCGUCGUCUUGGGAUUGAAUUCGCCGGGCUUGAAGUGCUAAAGUCCCAAAGUUAGUUUUUGACUUUAAGCACUUGCCGCGAAAUUCAAUAUCUUGGACUCGAAUUUUUCAAAUCUCGAAAAUUUUCCGCGUUUUUUCGUCGUUUUGGGAUUGAAUUCACCCAGUUGGAAGCGCUAAAGUCGCCGAGUUUUAACUUCUUGGACUCGGGUUUUUCAAAUCUCGAAAGUUUUCCGCUUUUUUUUGUCCUUUUGGGAUUGAAUUCCGUGGGGCUGAAGAAGUGCUAAAGUCCCAAAGUUUUUGACUUUAGGCACUUUGCUUCGCUGGGUUUUAAUUUCUUGGGUUAGAGUUUUUCAAAUUCCGAAAAUUUUGCGCGUUUUUUCGUCGUUUUGGGAUUGAAUUCUGUGAGUUUGAAGUGCUAAAGUCUCAAAGUUUUCGACUUUAGGACUUUCUCGGAGAUUCAAUGUCAUGGCCUCGAGUUUUCCUUAAGUUCGUGGCCUCUUCCUGGUUUCAGGGUUUCGUGCGUGGUUUCGUGGUUUCGUGCGUUGUUUCCUGGUUUCUUGGUUUUCUGGUUUCUUGGUUUCGUCCGUGGUUUCGUGGGUUUUCUGGUUUCUUGGUUUCGUCUGUGGUUUCCUUGUUUCGUGGGUUCAUGGGUUUGGGGUUCGGGGUUUGGUGGCUUCUGUGCCGGAGAGUUUGAGUCUGAAGAGUUCGAGGGGUUCGUUGUUGUAGAGUUUUUUUUUUGCUCUUUAAUACUAGACUUCAGCGCCCGAUAGCUCUCCCUCGCCCUCCACUAGAACCCUCCACCCCCUUCGAGCAUUUCCUUCGCCAAGACGCGCCUCCCCCGCUCCUCUUCCGCCAGCUCGCGACGCUUUCCUGGCGAAGUGGUCCGCGCCAGAGGAGUCGGGACAGAGGCGCCGCAGAAUUUAACAGAGGCGGCCGCUUCUGUCUCUGAGGUUUUUGAGAUGUCUCAAGGUUUGCUUGUUUCUGAAUUUAGUGCAGGGCUCUGGGUUGGGAGGCUGGGACUGAAUUCGGUGAAUUUGAAGUGCUAAAUUCCCAAAGUUUUCGACCUUAAGCACUUUCUGGGAGAUUCAGUCUCAUUCUUAGACUCGGACAGUUCAAAUUUCGAAAAUUUUCCCUGUUUUUUUCGUCGUGGUUCGUUUUGGGGUUCAAUUCUGUGAAUUUGAAGCGCGUAAACCCCAAAACUUUUGACUUUGCGCACUUUCUCUGAGAUUCAACUGCCUGGGCUCGAAUUUUUCAAAUUUCGAAAACCUUCCACGUUUUUCCGUCGUUUUGGGGUUGAAUUCGAUGAGUUUGAAGCGCUAAGGCCCCAAAGUUUUUGACUUUAAGCGUUUUCGCUAAGGUUUGACUUCCUGGACUCGAAUUUUUCAAAUUUCGAAAAUUUUCCGCGUUUAUUUCGUCGCUUUGGGAUUCAGUUCUGUGAGUUUGAAGCGCUAAAAAGUCCCAAAGUUUUUGACUUUAAGCGCUUUCGCUGAGAUUCAACUUCUUGGGUUCGAGUUUUUCAAAUUCCGAAAAUUUUGCGCGUAGAUUAUUUAUGAGCCCAUAAAUACAUAAACUUAUGAAGUUCAUAAAUUCGAAGCGCUAAAGUCCCAAAAUUUUUGAUUUUAAGGAAGCGCUUCCGCUGAGAUUCAAUUUCUUGGGUUCGAGUUUUUCAAAUUCCGAAAAUUUUGCGCGUAGAUUAUUUAUAAACUCUCAAACUCAUGGACUUCAUAAAUUCAAAAGCUCAGAAGUUUAUAAAUUCCUAAGCUCUUAAGUUCCUAAGUUAGUUUCUAAGUUCGUAAGUUCUUAAGUUCAUAAGUUCGUAAGUUCAUAGGUUUGGGGUUUGGAAGUGGGGGAGUGAGAGCUUGGCGGGGUUGUUGUAGAAUUGUUUUUUAGCUCUUUAAUAUUUUAGGUAGAAUAGAGGGCGUAUUAAGAUGAAGAGUGGGGGUAGCUCUAGAAGGGGUGUAACUGUCAGGUACGGGGGGGCUCACUCUCCUAGCAUGCCUAGGUGGAGAGCCUCUUACAGCACUCGCGGUUCACUGAGCCGCGACCGCGGGUCAUCGGCCCACCCCCUCCCUCACUCUUUCGCUGGUCUCUCUCUCUCUCUCGCUGGACUCUCUCUCGCCUCUCUCCCUUGGCUUGUCUCUCUCGCUCCCUUGGCUUCUCUCUCUCCCUCGUCUCUCUCCGCUUCCCCCUCUCCCCCUCUCUCGCUGGUCUCUCUCUCUCUCUCGCUGGACUCUCUCUCGCCUCUCUCCCUUGGCUUGUCUCUCUCGCUCCCUUGGCUUCUCUCUCUCCCUCGUCUCUCUCCGCUUCCCCCUCUCCCCCUCUCUCGCUGGUCUCUCUCUCUCUCUCUCUGAGGCCAGUAGGGUGGCUGGGACCAGUGCGGUUGAGAUGAUAGCUUUUCGGAAUGCGCUGGCAAGGUGAAUUUUUAAGACACAGCUUUAACCUUUGCAUUGCGCAGUGACUUGGGCCCCCGGAACGGCGCAGGGGGGCUACUGUUUAAGAAUGCUGCGUUUCAGGGUGCUCUGACCCAAUUCGUCGCGGCGAUGGUGCGAGGCCACAAAUCGGCACCCCGGGUGUGUGUGACAAAAUAUGAUCUCCGUAAACCUGGUAGCACGGUGUACUCCGCGGGCCCGUUUUUUGACCCCGCCUUCUACGUAGUGCGGGGCCUCAUUGGACGCCACACAAGUGAAGCUACAGAUCUUUGGUGCGGCAGUCCGGAUCUCGAAAGCAAAUGGAUAGCAAUAUGGCACGAGAAAAAGGUGCAUUACUCGCAUAGUUUGCGUGGUUGGUUUUUGAGUGGACCGAAGGUCGAGACAGGAGUUAGACGGGAGUGGGUGAUGAGUAAGGAUCUAGUUGAAGAAGCCGGCGGGGAUUUUAAGCUCGUCGAGCAGAGAAUUGAAAGCGAGUCAAAGGGGGGGCCACGUAGUUGGGUAGAGGUGAGCGUGAAGACUUCGGAGCCACACGGAAAAGAAAGUCCAAAGCUGGCGCUCUCUGUAGUGGGAAUCACUGCGUAGGUAAUAGGUGAAUGUUGUAGCAUUUGAUAUUUCGCUUGUUCUCACCUUCUCGGAGAACUUUUGUGAAUUUGAAUAUAUAUCCCAGGGUUCAGGCUAGCCCCCCCGAGCGCGGGGGGGGCGUGGAUCCCCGGCCCCCUUUGGAGGCGGCUGCCAGGGGUGGAAGGCUUCCAAAGGGGUGCAGGGAGCCUCCUCCGCUCCCUUCCAGCUGCCUGCGUGCACCCUGCAGCCUUCCUCGCUGCUGGCCCCUCGCCGCAGGAGCAGCACCAGGGUGCCGGCGGUGGACGGCCUCGGAAGGCGGCAAAAGGUGCAAGGCCGGAUCCCCUGCGCCGCGUGGCUUGUAUCAUUCGGGCCCUUGGUCACUCAUCGGCCUGCUGGCGUUUGCCGCGCAUUUGAUGAGGGCAACCCAGCAAGAGGGGCCAGGCCUCGAGGCCGCGGCCGCCUUCGGCGGCCUUCUGCCGCGGAGCCUUCUGGCUUGUGAGGCUCGGCAGAGGCCAGGACGCCUUUUGGGAUGAUGCCGAGAGGCGUAAGGGGCCGCCCGCUCCAAGUUUUCACGCCUUCCGCCCCGAGAAUCCGCGAAAAGCAGCGCGGAAAUGAGCGCGCAAGCCAGCGCCACCGCAGGGCCAUCCACAGGGGGGGGCUAGCUUUGCGCCUUUGUAUCAUAUUGAUAUAUAUGGACUGUAUUUGUCCUAGGGCUGAACGGUUCCUCCCCUGUGGCGGCGCUCGUGCGCUAUUUUCCCCGCUGAUCUUCGCGGGCGCUAGUCGUGCUCGUGGGAGGCGUCAAAACUGGGCGCGGGCGUCCUCUUGCGCCUCUCUGCGUGUUCUGUCCUCAAGAGCCUCCUGGCCUCUGCUAACCCUCGCAGGGUGGAGGCCUCGGGGGUAUGUAAAUGGCCGCCUUCGGCGGCCGCGGAGGCCUCAAGGGCAAACAAGCUGGUGCCCAAGGGUCUGGAGGGUACGGGCCGCACGGCUAAGGGGGUCCAGCGCCUCGCCUUGUGGUGCCUUCGGAGGCUUUCUACAUCUGGCGCAUAUAGGGCACUGGCAGGCAGCUGGAAUGGGGCGGAGGCGGUCCCCUGGGCCCCUUUUGAAGCCUUCCGCCUUCUUCGGAGGCCUGUAGGGUACUGCCAGGCAGCUGCAAGGGAGCGGAGCGGGCCCCUUGGGCCCCUUUUGAGACCUUCCACCCCCGGCAGGCGGCUCUUGAAAGGGUCAGGGGCUACCGGUGCCCCUCUGUAGGUAGGGUGGGCUGAACGCCGUAGAGCUGUCCAAAUUAGUCCCCGUGCGUAGCUCUCUUAGUAUAAGGGUGACCCUCUUGCCCUUCUUUGACCGACGCGCGACGCGUCGCGCGCGAUGCCGCUCAGUGCUCUGUGGGUCGAUCAGGGCUUCAUGGAUCGGCGUCGAUCAGUGAUCCACGGCUCGGCCAGUGAUCCGUGGCUCGAUCAGUGAUCCACGGCUCGGCCAGUGAUCCGUGGCUCGAUCAGUGAUCCACUGACGUGGUCGAUUAGUGUUCCGGGGAUCGAUCAGGGACCCCCGGAUCGAGCAGGGAUCCGCGGAUCGAUCAGUGGCCCGCGGCUCGAUCUCGAUCGGUGUUCCGUGGGUCGAUCAGUGAUCGACCUACGGAUCGCCAGCGAUUCGCGGACCGGUCAGCGAUCCGCGGAUCGAUCAGUGGCCCCCGGAUCGGUCAAGGAUUCCCGGAUCGGUCAAGUGCUCGCGGAUCGAUAAGUGAUCCCUGGCUCGAUCGGUGACCCGCGGAUUGAUCAUUGACCCGUGGAUCGAUCAGUGUGCCGUGGAUCGACGGGGGUCGGUCAGUGAUCUGUUGAUCGAUGUCGAUCUGUGACCCGUGGAUCGAACAAGGGCGCGCAGAUCGAUCAGUGAUCCACGGAUCGGUCAUGGAUUCGCGGAUCCAUCAAGGACCCGCGGAGCGAUCGAGGAUCCACGGAUCGCUCAAGGAAGCGCGCGCUGCUUCGUGCUGCGUCACGCUUGAAAUUGAGCGCAGAAAUCUCGCCCGCGCCCGCAGCUCUCGGCGUCACGCGGUGGGCGUCACGCGUCCCGAACAGCUCUGCGGCGUGCCGUAAGUCCCACGGUGCCCUCCCUGCGCUAGGCGUGGCACCGUCGCCCUGCGCCCUGGAUCAUAUAUAAAAACUGAAUGGUCGGGCAUCUUUUGUGUAUCGCGCUACUUAAUUAGGGUCAAAGCGUUACUACAUGAAAAUGUUCAGCGUCUUCAAUCUCCCAUCAUUGUGGCACACCGAAAAAUUUUCUCGCUCGCUUACCAAUCUUCAUGUAUGCACUUUCUUAUUUGGAAUCACUUUUACUAACUUCAACUUCAUCCUUCCUUGUACAGACACACUUGACAUCGGCUUAUAUGUUUUUCCUUGGGCGAAUGUUAUUUUGGAUGACGAAUGUUUGAAUGUUUUUGAUCUUUUGAGAGUGCAUUGAUUGGCACUUAUUGGAAAAACUGAUCAGGGAGUCCAUACACCAUGACCGUUACCACGAAUGACUAUCUUGUGCUAUCAUCUUUGUAGUUUGGCACGAAUCCAAGGAUGCAUGGCAGGUCACACGUUGAGGUAUUCACAUUCAAAUGGAUUGCUUGCUGUUCGCCACUUCUAUUCAACAUGUAGCCAGGAAAAUGGCACCCACUCAGUCAGGGUGCAAAUGAGUGCUCAAGUAUAGGGCUGUGAAGUUUCUGAAGAUCAUUUGCAGUGGG